AUGUCCUCGUUUCCUCUCUUCACUCUAAACACAGGAGCAACCCUUCCAUCAGUUGGUCUAGGAACGUGGCAAUCUUCGGACGAAGACGCCUACAAAGCCGUUCUUGCUGCUUUAGAUUGUGGUUACAGACACAUUGACACCGCUGCUAUCUACCGUAACGAAGAGCCUGUUGGCAGAGCAAUCAGGGAUUCGAAAGUGCCACGCAGCGAAUUGUUUGUUACGACCAAGCUAUGGUGCACCCAACAAAGAGAACCUGAGGCAGCUCUCGACGCUUCGCUGAAGCGUCUGGGAUUGGACUACGUUGAUCUCUACUUGAUGCAUUGGCCUGUGUGUCUCAACGUCGACAAUGUAAAAGACGACAAUUAUCUGGUGAUUCCUACGAAAGCAGAUGGGAGUCGAGACGUCGACAUUGAGGGCUGGAACUUCGUCAAGACCUGGGAACACAUGCAGAAAUUGCCUCAAACAGGGAAGACCAAAGCGAUCGGUGUCUCAAACUUUUCCAUCAACAACCUGAAAGAGAUUUUGAAGCCCGAGCUAGGAUUCACAGUGCCUGCAGCCAACCAGAUCGAAAUCCAUCCUCAAUUGGCUCAGGACGAAUUGAUAGAUUUUUGCAAGUCGAAGGGAAUCGUGGUUGAGGCCUACUCUCCUUUGGGCUCGUCGAGUUCUACCCUGCUCUCAGAUCCCGAGAUUGCAGAAGUGGCUGACAAGUACAAGGUUGAACCAGCACAGGUAUUGAUCAACUGGGGUGUUGCGAGAGGCUACUGUGUUUUACCGAAAUCCACAAAUCCCAAAAGAAUUGAAUCCAACUUCAAGUCGUUCAACUUGUCUUCAGAAGACACACAACGAGUCUCCGAGAUCACCAAGAAACUUGGGGUCAAGAGAUACGUCGACCCCAACUGGAAGCCUUUCAAGGCUUUCGUUUAA